AAUAUUCCUAACACUGCUGGUAAACUCAAACUCUAGCUGCACACACUGCCUCCCACCUGUGCUACAAUUCCCUGCUUUUGGUGUGGGGAGGGCAGAGGGAGUUUAAAAUUGCUGUAUUACAGACUCCAUAAUAAGUUUUCAACUGUUUAUGUUGAUCAAGAUUUUUUUUUGCAUGUGAUAAUUGACAUAGAUAAGAGCCUGUCCCACCCCAUUGAACACUUUAGUUUUAAUACAGAAUAAACAAAUGUGGGGUUGGGUGAGCAGAGCUAGAUAAAAGCAGACUUUAUUCUGUAUGGUAAUUUAUUGGGAAUGAAUAGCUUUGAUUUGGGCAGGCUGCUACCAUCACCUAUUUGACAGCUUGGCACCAAAUCAGAUUCGUGGUUUCCAGAGUCCUGGGGGAGUGGCCCAGCUCCCAUAGAUUAGGGCUGCUCUGGCUCAGCCCUCCCUCACUUCCCUUUAAAUACUGCUCACAGAGGCUUCAAUGAAAAGGUGCCUGCCAGGAACACAUUCAAGCAACAAAAUGAACACCAUUCUGACUUGCCAAGACCAGUACUUUGCAGGGGGUCAGGGUUAUGACUGCCCAUACUUUUCCUCAACGUCAGCCUCCACUGUUGAUGUUUCCAAGGAGACUUGGGUCUCUCUCUGGGCUUCUGGUCUCCUGGACAACAGAUCAAGCAGCCAUGCCCCACACACUCAAGAGCAAAUUUAUAACAUGGGGAACUCACUCCAAGAAGAUUAUCUGUUUGGUGACCAACUAUCUACCCAGAUAUUCGCCAAUAAGCAGCUCCAGGAUACCCUACUGCAAAGGGAAGAGGAGCUGGCCAGACUUCAUGAAGAGAAUAACAAACUGAAGGAAUACCUGAACUCUGCCUUUGUAAAAGCCUUAGAGGAAAAGACCAAGAAAUUACUGUGCCAGAAUGGGCAGUCUCCCUUCUGCACCAAUUCCAAGAGGAAGAUGCCAUUCAGCAACAAUGCUACUUCUGGGAGUGAGGCCAAGAAGGCCAGAAGGAAUCUGUAUGAGGAACUCACUGCCUGUGAAGCCCAGUCCAGCCCAGUUGUAGAGAAGUGGGUUCUCCAAACCCUAGGACUAAAAGAUGUCAAUACAAUUGAUGAUUCAGCGUCAGCUAACUACAGUGCCAUGUCUUUCCAGCCAGGGCAAGAUUCUCCCUCCUCUGGCUACAGUACUGCCUGCCUGACCCCUGGCCACAGCCAAGCUGCCACCUCUUGUAGCCUCUCUCCUUCUCAAUGCAGCUCUGCAUCACUGCCAGAAAGUGAGUCUGCCAGCCCAUUAUCUUCUCCUACCUACUACACCCCUGAUGUGGCUCCAAACAAGACAGAGGUGGCUUUCUCCACAUCUCUGCACCCCCACUGCAAUGUGAAGACCCACAGCUUCCCCCAGGGCCAGGCAUUUGUGCGCAGGGAUGCACAGGAUGGCUGGAAGUUCACUUGGGUGCCCAAGCAGUCUGAAUGAAUGGGGCGCCCACCCCCAAGAACUUGUAAUUGCACUUCGUUCUCUUCUGAAGAGAGCCCCAUAAUCAGUGGUGUAACAAUAGAGGGGACAGACCCUGUUACCGGGGGACCCCAGAGGUACAGGGAGCUUGUAAGGGGGGUAGCAGGUGACCCAUGAUUUUGUUUAUGUCACCCGUGGUUCUAUGCAGGGGAUUCCUAAUUCCCUUACGGACUCAAGUAACCUUUGAGGAUACAGACCUGUAUCUCAGCACUGCCCACCCCAUCCAUUUAACUCACUGCUGGAUAAGCAGCUGGGCAGCUCCAAGACUUAUCAAGGACUUUUCCUUUGUUUACAAGACAUUGUAUUUGACUUUAUUUUAUUUUUUCCAUGAAAAAGAAUGUAGGAUGUACAAACAGUAUUUUUUCUGUUGGGAUAUAUGUACAGCCCUACUUGUGGUAUAGUUGCAUAAAGAUCCACUGUAAUUUUCUGCCUGAGAAAUUCAGUAUAUUGUCACUGCCUUAUUCUCUGUGGUAUAUUUCCCCCACGGAUCGCCAUUCUACCUAUAAACUCCAUGUGAUAUUUGUGUAUUUAUCAGUUAUUCAGGGAGAUGAACUAGAAGUUAAUUUAUAACUCAUCACUGCCUUGUACUCUAUGCAAGUACAUUUCACGCAGAUUGACUCUCACUUACUCCUCUCUGGUUUCAGCAAUGGGACCGCACAGGAAUGGGUUAAUCACAUUGUGCUAAAGGACAACUCCAUAUGCCUUAACAUCUCUCAGUUUUUUGUUGUUUUCACUGGAAUGUGAAUAAAACUGGAAAUGUAACUUGUU